AUAAAAGGGAGGUCAUGGAUCGGCGACGGGCACACGACUGCGAUCUUAUUAAGGCUGAAUUCCCCGGGCCCCAGAUCCACUGCUUAAUCAACUCCAUCUUUCUUCUUUGAACGCACCGGUAGUGCAGAUCUCGACUACACACAAGGACCUUGGCUACCGUACGCUUCUCCACUCUCCAAUACCACAACCACUGUCCAUCCAGCCAGCCCUAUACAACCUCACGGGCCCAGACACCAACGGCUAGAUCCAUAGACAGAUCAAAAUGCUCCGCCUAAGAACCCUACUCCUAGCCGUCACCUCCACCCUGACCCUCACCACAACCGCCACCCCGGUCCCUGCCCCAGUCCCUGCCCCAGUCCCCGUCCCUGUCUCGAAGAACGGAAUCACCACCCGCGACCAGUGGGACUUCCCAGACUGGAAAGGCCAGGGGCAGGUCCGCACGCGCUACAUCCAGAACCCGUACCCGGACCUGGGCUGCCUGACCUCGGCGGGCCAGUGGACGACCAACGAGGCGCUGUGCGGCGUGUUCGAGACGUCGUGGAUCAACAACUACACCUUCUACCUCAGCUCUGUUCCUUCUAAUGGCCCGAGUGCUAAUAGUAAGGCGGGAGCGUGUGGGAUCGAUGUGAACAACUUCAGGUGCGGUGGGGGUGUGAGAGAGGCUGUUUUUGGGACCUUUGGCAAUGGGGGUCCUAUUGAAGGACAUCCCACGCUGAGGUAUGCGCAGUACGGCGUCAUGGCCACCAACGCGCAGGACAGCCCGCCCUCGGUGACGCAGGCGCCGGUGGCCAUUCACUUUUAUACCGGCGUGGAGAAGGGCAAGUGGGUGUGGCUGGCGUGGAAGGCCCUUGAUGGGUGAUGACGGGUGUGAGUGGUCUACCGUCUAAGUAGCAGUAAAGAGACUGACGGGUGGGAACUUCUUUCUGCUGGAACCCAUGGUUGGUUGAU